AUGGGCCCUCGCUCUCCAGUGGCUCCGGCGUGGUCAUUGCUGAGCCUUUUGGGCGCAUGCACGGUGAUCAUCCCAUCUGGCUCCACGACCGCAUGCUUGCCCGACGGCAUCCCUGCGACUAACCGGAGCUACAUCCAGCAAGAUCCCGCUAGCCAGGCAGCGUCGGGCCUGGAUGAAAGCCCCAUCCGCAUCACGGUGUUCGACUGGGCUUCCUCCGAGCUGACGUCCAUCAUGGCCGACAUCUUCGUCAGGGAGGUCCUGGGGUAUCAUGCAGUGAUCCUUCCCCAUAGGCUGGCAGGCUCUUUGGAUGCACUUCCCGACUUAGCUGGUUGCACCGAUGAGGACUGCACGGGACGGCAGGUGCGCGACCAUGUGGCUAUGGAUGCUUGGAUCUCAGACAAGAUCCCUGAAAUCAUGGCCUUCGACGCCCGGAACCCUGGCCUAGGCCCUGAGAACCUGGGCUCCAUUGGCUACACUGGCGAGGACGCGCUCUGCGUGAACGGGGCCGUCCGGCGCACAGCCUUCUGCGCGACGGGCUUAGCUCUCGAGUUCUACAAGAGCUACAAUGUGUCCAUUCACCAGGCAAACCAAUUCUUCGACCGACUGUCUGACCUUGAUCCGGGAGAUUUUCUGCCUUGCAACACCAGUGGUACGAUGUUUAGGACGCAUUCUCAGAUGGAAGCUUACCUGCGAUGGACCGGCGACACGGCUGGCAUCACCAAUGCCUCAAACGGGAAACUGGUUGCCUACUGCCCAGACGGGUACUUCUGGCUUUCACCAGCUUGCCGGCAUGAUGUAGACAAGUGCAUUCCGACAGUCGCCACAGGAUCUGGCUUCUUUGUGAACGGGAUCAUGCAGUGGGCGGCUCACUAUAACAUGCCACUUGCCAUUGGGAUUGCGAGCCAGGCACAUAUAUAUUCGUCCUUGGCCAUGACUGCACGGACACUGUUCCAUUGCUGGCUGCCGGAUGCCACCUUUUAUCAGACCGAUGCUUCGUUCAUGGUUUUUCCGCGACACAAGGCUAGCGAAUGGAAAGAGUACUUGUACCGGACUCAGAGUGGCCAGGCCGGCAUCGUCAAGUUUGUGUCUGGUGACCUCCGCGCCCGCGCGCCAAAGGUGGUCGAAUUCCUGGAGAACUUUGCGCUUGACUUCUCGGAGAUGCAGGAGCUCCUCAUUGAGGUCACCACCACCCCGAUGCAGGAUGUCGCAUGUCAGUGGAUUCGUUCCAGACGAACCCUGUGGGAGAGCUGGGUCCCCGUCGAGACGCAGUGCUUGACAGGCUAUGGCCUGCAAAACAGUGCGGGUGAGCACGUCCUCAUCCGAGAAGAAGCUGUGGGAUGCAGCGUAUGCGCGGCCGGCGAGAAAUCGGAAGAGUUCACGGAUGAGCUUGGGCCAACACAUAGAUGUGUUCCCUGUCCCCCUGGCUCCUCGCAAAGCACCUUUGGGGAGAGCUUCUGCAGCCCUUGCGAUGUUGGGACCUUUGCGGACAAGGAGCGCCAAGCGUACUGCUCACGAUGUCCCUCGGGACACUAUACCAACAAGACCGGAACCACUGAAUGCAUGGCAUGUGGCGGGGGUAAUCAGUCAACGACCAGCCGCUUGGUGGUGGCAACUGACCGACAGAAGUGGAUCCAAGUUGAUGGGGCCACGUCGGAUAAAUUCUGCGGCUGCGUGGAGGGCUGGUAUAUGAGCAGCCAGGGCCAGUGCACACGCUGCAUGAGCGGCUCCCGCUGUCCUGGGUCAAGUGACGUGGAAGUGCUCCCCGGUUUUUUCGCAUCCGCAUCAGAGCCUGGGAACAUCUUCCGAUGCUUCGGCGACGGAUCGCGCUGUCCGGGUGGCCUGCCGGGAACUUGCGCCGAGGGCCGGGACGCGGCCUCGGUCACAUGCUACGACUGCCUUCCUGGCAUGCAGUCACAGCGCGAUGGAACCUGCGGUUCUUGCACAGGCACAUCGUACCUCGUAAUCCUAACUGCGGUAGUGGCCGUCGUGGGCUGCAUUGCUCUCCUGUACGGUUCGCUCGGCGUGGACGUGGACCGUACAACCCAAGCAGCACAGAUUUCCAUGCUCGCACUGUCGCUGGCCCAGCUCCUGACAGUUGCCCAGCAGCUGGCGGUGAUCAACAAGUUCGGACUUUCCUGGGACAACCCGGUGGAUCGCAUUCUCAGAUCCUUCGAGUUCAUGGGCCUGAAUUUGGACAUGCUGGCCAUCUCAUGCCUGGCGCGGAUGAGCCCUGUCGCCAAGUAUGGCUUGAGGACCUCGGCAGUUCUCAUUCUGGCGCUGGUGGCGUCCGUUGUCCACGUGGUGGCCGUGGCCAUCAACAGGAAGAAGACGAAGAAGGAGGACCGCUGCGACCUCGACGUGAGCAGGCUGCUGCGCACGAUCGGCACCUUGUUCAAGGCUUUCUUCAUUGCCAUCUUCACGGAGAUGCUGACGCCCUUUGAGUGCAACGAGCAUCCGAAUGGGCUCUUCACUGUGCAGGAGUACCACUCUGUCUUCUGCAACGUGCGAGGCGAGCAUCUGGAGAUGACCAUUAUCGGGGGCCUCGCCUGCCUGAUGCCCAUCAGCUUCCUGGCGCUCUGUACGUGGGUGACGUGGGUGGAGUUGCCCAAGCGACUCCUUCGCGCUGACGCGGCUUACUUCCGGGCCUGCGCCUUCAUCUGGUCUCGAUUCCGGCCAGGGGCGGAGCUCUACUCAGUGUUGUACCUCGCGAGAAAUGGGCUGAUCGCUUUGGUCCCGCUCUUACCUUCGAAUGCGGCCCAAAUCGUCGCGAUGAACAUGAUUCUCUACUCGAGUCUGGUUGUGGCCGCUCUCAUCCACCCAUGGCGCUUCGCAGCCGGCAAUGCCCUGGACGUCAUAUUGCACGUGGGCCUGUUAGUCGUUCUAGACAUGGCUUCGACCUUCGCCGGAAGCGAGGCCGACAGAGCCACGUCGAUCGUCGUGUGCGUGCUCUUCCUCUUUGGGAUGGGCCUGGCAGUCCUUGGUGCUGUGGCCUAUGGCCUCAUCCUGCAUGUGGUUCGGGGGCAUCGGAAGCCUUGGCACUUCUUCCUCUCCCACCAGAAGAGCACCUCAGGGGCCUUUGCACGCCUGUUGAAGAUCCAGCUUUUGAAGAGAAGCUCUCGGUUCACGACCUUCAUGGACACGGACAACCUGCGGGACCUCACGAAGCUGUUCAGCUUUGUGCGGGACACCAACACCUUGGUGUUCUUGGCUACCCCUGGCAUCGAGCGGCGGAAAUGGUGUGUCGGUGAGCUCGUCAACGCCAAGAUACAUGGCGUGCGCAGCGUCAUGCUACGAUGGCCAGGCUUUCAGGAACCUGACGAGCGCUUCCGGCGGAACCUGACUUUCGCGAUUCCUGGCAUCGAGGUCUUAGCCAGCUAUGGCAUCUCACUACAAGAUGUGUCUCAGACCUUGACGUGGCUCAGCACGCUGGAGACGAUUCCCAUGCCACCAACACCGAACCUGGAGAGGAUGGCACGUCUCUGCGACCUGCUGACGCGGACCGUGGCGCCGCGCGUCGAGGAGCCACUGUUCCCUGACUGCAUAAUUCUCGCGGAUCCCGACAACCUGGAGGCCGUGGCCACAGCGUACAUACUGCACGAGCUGCUUCUACUCUCGGUGAACAAGGAUAUGCGGUGCUCUUUGCCCUGUGUUUUGAGCAAAGGCCAGGGAAUUCCAGGCAGCGCAAGGAAGGCACUCCUGAUUUGUUCCACCGGCUGCCUUCUCUCCUUUCACCUCUCGAGUUGGCUCUUGGACUUGGCGGAGAUGGAGUGCAUGGUGAUCCCCAUCAUCGCAGAGCCCGGGUUCGUGGUCCCCAACGGCUUCGAAAGUGGGGGGGAUCAUGAAGAUGAGCGAACUUUCAACUACAACGAGGUCGUCCAGGGCAUCUUCAAGGAGAUCGCCACCGUCUUUGCCCCACAGUCCUACUCCAGCACGCAGGAGGAUCUGGAGCUCCGGGCCAGGCAGAUCGCCUUUCGCCUGCAGUCAAAAGGCUCCAAAUGGGGCUCCCUGAGGAUGUCGAAAGGCGGCGAUUCUCCAUCUGCGCCUCCUUCUGAGGGGGAUGUGACGCCUGGCGCCGACUUCAAGAGGGGGUCCUCGCGGGGGACAGACUCCUCCGAGAACACCGGAGAUGCGCACCUCGUGGUCCUGGAUACGGAGCGAAGCGACGCGGCCCAGGUCGAAGAAGACCUCGUGUCCAUGUGA